UUUAAAGGGGAACAUGUGAGCAGGGAAUGGAAAUCGGAGAGAGAGAUAUAUCAGUAGAGAGAGACGCAGGAGGGGCGCUAUACAGGGAAGUAACCAGGACUACCUUGGGCGGCUUUCAGUAACACGCCGAUUCCUGAAGACGUUCGCGCAGGAGCGAUAUAGGAGGAAACCUUACCAAAGAUGAACACGAUAGUUUUCAGCAAAUUAAGCAACCAAGUCCUUAUCGAAGAAAAUGCGAAAGAGGUGGAAAGGAGCAGUAUAAACUAUUUAGAAGUGCUUGAUCGGCAGCAUCCAGAUAUUCUGUCAAGCAACCAGCCAAUCAAAGAGAGCUCUCCAAUCAGGCAUAGGAAGCCCGGGUCUCGGCAGAGCGGUGGUAAGGUUCGGCACAAGCGGCAGGCUCUCCAGGACAUGGCCAGGCCACUGAAGCAGUGGCUGUACAAGCACAGGGACAACCCCUACCCCACCAAAACCGAGAAGAUCCUGCUGGCCCUCGGCUCACAGAUGACCCUGGUUCAGGUGUCCAACUGGUUCGCCAACGCCAGGCGGAGGCUGAAGAACACGGUGCGUCAGCCGGACCUGAGCUGGGCCCUGAGGAUCAAGCUGUACAACAAGUACGUCCAGGGGAACGCGGAGAGGCUCAGCGUCAGCAGCGACGACUCCUGUUCAGAAGAGGUGGAGAACCCCCUGCGCCCCGAGGCGGGACCCGCAGAAUUCAGCAAGCCCAUGUACCAGAGCGUGAUCCGAAAGGAGGGCGUGGUCAUCGGGGCGGGGCUGCGGGCCGACGCCUCCCUGGGCGAGGACUACGCCUGUUCCCCGCCGCCCAAGUACAAGAGCAACCUGCUGCACCGGUACCUCAACGACUCGCUGCGCCACGUCAUGGCGGCCAACGGCGUCACGGACUCGCGCAAGCGCAACCACUCCGGGUCCUUCAGCUCCAACGAGUACGACGAGGAGCUCCUCUCGCCCUCGUCCUCGGAGACCGAGGCCAACUUCGUCUACCGCGCCGAGACUGUGGACCACGGAUCAAGAAAAUGUGACAUCUCGCAGAAGGAAAAGGGGCGGGGCAAGGACGAGACGUACUGGAAGGAGAUCAACGCGGCCAUGGCCUUGACCAACCUCGCCCAGGGAAAGGACGGCGAGUCGGGGACCACCAGCUGCAUCAUCCAGAAGUCCUCCCAUAUAUCAGAAAUAAAGACCGUCAAAGUGCCCCUGGCGCAGAAGUAUUAGCUCGUAUCUCUGCGACCGUCACAACAUUCCUUUUGGAGCCUUUCAGCAUCUUAACAUUUUUUUUUUUUCUUUUUUCUGGAUUGUUUGGCAAAACAUUUCUUUUUCUCAAGCGCUCUCUCUCUCUUUUUUUUACCCACGCAUUGAGAAACUAUUGGUUUUUGUAAUAACUAUUAAUGUUAUAAUUGCAUUAUGCUGAAUGAAGACACUUUUUUUUAUAAUGUUAACUUAUUUGAUAAAUCAGACAUUUUUUUCUAAUCUGAAAAUUGUAUUUUUCUUUACCGACGUGCCUUUUCACCUGAGAAGUACAGUCCAUGACUGAGACAUAACUGUUGUUUGAAGUUAUAUUUCUAAAAAAAAUGAUUUCAGUAUUACUUUUUUCAAUUUUCUGACACUAUUUUUGAAAGACUCUUGGAGCUGCAGUUCCUAAAGACCCAGGCAAUUCACCGAAGCAGUACUGAAGCCUCAAACGUCACCCCGGUUCAUGUGAGGCCUGUGGCUGUUUUCUUAUUUUCACUGAAUAUCCAACAUUAUCUCCAACAUCAAUUCAUCUCUGAAGUAAAAUAUUUUUUAAAAAUUGUCUCAGACACAAGAAAAAGAACAACACUGCCGUAAAUUUGUUGUUGAAAGGAAAGACCUCUUUCAGAACAGGUGAGGACCUCUGAACCACUGUAAUUUUGUCCGCUGGAGUGUUACUCAUUUUCGAAUGAGGUAUUGCCCAAGCUUGUUAUUCGGCACAUGGGUUGUGCCUUAU